AUGGAAUCAGAUGAGGAAGAAGAUAUCAAACACAAGCAUCUUGCUUAUUCCCAACAGUUGGAAAACUGCUUUGCCCUUCCAUCAGAUGGGGAAGAUGAAGAACCGCGGAAGGCUGCCUCCUUAUUUGAUGGUAUCAUGUCUCCCGACGAGUUGGAAGACAUGAUUGCUUUUGGUGUUAAUGAAGACGACACCGAAGGCGAAGAGGAAGAUGUUCCUUUGGCUACUCUCCCCCUUCCAUCAUUGCCGGAAGAGUUGGUGAAAGAGGCGGGAGAAGCAGACAAGGACCAGUGGGAAAUGGUAGAAGAAGAAGUGAUGCUACCAAAAAAAAUCAAGCUGAAGCUGAAAGGUUUAAAUGCACCUGAGUGUUUAACGAACAACUAG